AUGUACGGACGUCGCCCUCCGGCACCAAAUGACACGCGACAUGGUGCCGAUUCACGCACUGGCUCCGGACCUGGGCCCGGAGAUACGUCCAUGUCCAGGGCCGAGAAGUUCGAGGACGAAAAGAAGCGUAUCAUUCAGAGUUGUUACUCGAAGAAGGAUAACGAUGGAACACUGAUCGAGUCCUAUAUUACGCAUGUACGUAUCACAGAAGAUGCGGCGCAUCCCUCGACUCCAGCCCCGCCGGAAUCCUCUCCGGCGAAUAAAAAACCCCGCGUCAUUAUUGUCUCCGUUCGAAGAUCAGGUCGAGUUCGGAUGCACAAAGCUCGGGAGAACAAUGAUGGGACUUUCUCUAUUGGCAAGACUUGGAUGUUGGACGACCUCACCGGUAUUCAGUCUUACAGCGCGUUUGUCCCGAAGACGCCAAUUGAGCAACAACACAAAGAGUGGGCAGGAAGCGUUGGAUUCGUGGUCAGCGUGGGAAAGCCUUAUUAUUGGCACGCACGAACCUCCAAGGAAAAAGAAUUCUUCAUCGGCAGUUUGGUGAAGAUCUACAAAAAGUAUACGGGAGGCAAAGUUCCGAAUCUCAUCGGGUUCGACGAGAGAGAGAGACAACUACUCAUUGGUAACACCGGUCCUUCGACGCCCUCUGGGCCACCGGCCCCAACCUCUCGAAGUGGAUCUGAACCGUCGACAGAGAACCAUCCAUCUCCCCAACGCCCAGCCCCACCGCAAUCGUCUUACAAUCGCAACCCAAGUCGUGAUGGAGCUCGCGAGCCCCGGCGUAAAGGGCCGGAUGACCCACCGCUUCGUCCUCAAAAAAGCCGAGAGCAAAUGCCUCGUCCUGGACCUAGGCGAGCACCUUCACCUUUUGGACCACCUCAGAACCCCCCGCCUACCGGGCCUCUCCCGCGCACAGAUCAAAAGAGCAGAGACCCGCCUACAACUUUUCUGUUUACAGGCGAAGACUCCGAUAGGAAUGUUUCCCAAGAAGACAUUCGAUCUCCUCCAUCAACCGACACUCGCACGGCGCCAAUCCCACCUUCGCCUCUCACAGCUCGUGGUCCCGAGGCCAUGCUGACGGAGUCGAAGCGAAGUACAGAUGCUAUCCGUCCCACGACAGCUAGCUCCUCCAUUAGUGAAAGUCGGGGCCCACCUUCAAGCUCUGGAAACCGCACGAUUCAAACCCCUCCUCCUUCCAGCGAUGCGCCCGACUCGGCUGCCGCUGCCGCAGCACCUCAUGAGCCUAUACCCGAUACCUCACCUGCCCCAAUUGCCUCUGCAGAGAAAACCGUAUCUUCACCGGUCACUGCAACAGAACCGCAGCCUACUCCUCCACCUAUGCAAUCCGAGGUUACACCUUCAAUCGCACCGGAGAAGGCUCCCACACCGUCAACCGUCGAGAGUCCAGCAACGACGGAAGCGAAUGUCGCAAGUGACACGACAGCCGGAGAGGCAGAUGGAGAAGGGGAGGCGCAUCGCCCUGGCCUUGGUCCCAUGAUCAAGAAGAAAUCCGCAAAAGACGUUGCGAGUGCUUUCCGAAAAGCUGCCAAUGCGUAUGGCUCGUUCAAACCCCGUCCUGGCGGUGCCGGCGAGCGUCUCUUAGCGGCUGCCAAGAAGCAACAAGCUACAACUGUGGGUCCAGAUGGUAUCACCGAGGUUGUACCUGCCCCAUCCCGUUCGGCAAACGAUGUCACGAAGGUAGGUGUUGACGAUGCUGCUGAAACCGAAACUUCGGCAGCUUCAACAACCUCGGCGCCAGCCGCGCCCAGUGUUGCGCAGCCCGUGACUCCAACGGUCCAGAUUACACAACCUCCAGCUGAGGGUUCAUUGCCUGCUCCGGAUCCUCCAGUCAUAACAGCUGAAUCGCAAAAUGUUUCUCAACAUAAUGUUCAGGUCGAGGAACGUCCGAGGAGUGCCUCUCCAGGUGCCCAAAGUCGCCGCCGAAAGCGACGUGAAGAUCACACUCUCAAGUAUUGUCAAUCAUUAGGCAUUGACCCAAGCGUUCUCGACGGCCGUGGUCUCGACUUCGACGAUAUCCUUACGGAUCUCGGGUGGAACGGGCGUUUGGGCGACGAGCAAAAACUUGAAGAUCUGGAAGCAGAUGUCCGACGGGAGAUUGGUCGAGUCGAGGCCACCAGCUGGCUGGGAAACCUCGAGCAACAGGAAGGGAAAGUCGAACAACUGGCGGUCUUGAUUGAUAAGACCAUCGAGGAAUGCGAAGAGCUUGAUGGCUUACUUACACUGUACGCACACGAAUUGAAUACACUACAUGAAGAUGUGGCGUACAUUGAGGCGCAAUCGCAAGGCCUGCAAGUGCAGACGGCGAACCAGAAGCUUCUCCAGAAUGAAUUGCAGAACUUGCUUAGGACCUUGUCCAUUUCCCCAUCCGACGUCCGCCCGCUCCGAGAGGCUUCUUUGACCCAUUUGGAUGGGUUGAAGGAAACCGAGAGCGCUCUUGCCACGCUCUACAAAGCCAUGCUGAUGAUCGAUGCGGAUAUCGGGCAAAACAAGAGGAGGCAGGCUGAUGCCAGCGUGGGUGUUUACGCCAAUACGGAAAUUGGUCAAAUGCGCGCGAUCAGAGAACGGAAGGAUGAAUAUCGCCAAGCUGCCGUGGCGUUCCUCCAACGGUUAAAGCCUUUCAUGUCCGUGGCUUUGAGAACAGCGGAACAGAAAAGAGCCGAUGCAAUUGUUGGCUCACCGACGGACCCCUUAAAGCUCGAUGGCUUUGCACGGCAGAAAUUCCGCGAAGAGGUGUGGAGAUACAACACAUUGAUGUUGUUUGCCCAAGAGGUGAGCCCAGCCGAAUGGCAGGAUUUGGUACAGUUAUACGAGCAACAGUCAAGGCCGUCCUAUCAGAGUGACUUCCGCGAUAAUCUGGCGGCAUGGAAGAAGGUAGCGCGCAAGCCCACGGGAGAUGAACAAGAGCUCCUUUUCACUCAUCAAGAGAAAGAGAAAGAAGCCGAAGGCAUUACGAUGGCAGCCCGCAAGUUGACCGUUCGACGCGGCAAAACUAUCCGUGCAGCCGCUGGCCUCAGGUUGGGCUCGGGCGAGAAGAAGCCCACAGCCAAGGUGGAGCCCUUUGAGGCCUUUGCGUCGAGCUUAAGAGAGACCUUGCGUUUGAUGACAGAUGAGCAAAAUUUCGUGGUCCAGUUUUUCCACCUUGACUCUCUUGCUCUUGCCGAUUUCUCCGAGUUGGUGGCCGCCGCUAGUCCCGAGGCUCGGCCAUGCCCCAACUUCACCACCAAACAAACUCCGGAUCCGGACCGUCGUAUGGCGAGGCGCGUUGAGCAGAUCAUGGACGAUAUCUUCUCUUUCUGGCCUACGGAUUUGCAGAACACGGUUGAUUGGGUUGUGCAGGCAGAUCCCAUGCAAGGAAUUGGUAUUCUAACCGCUCUGGAGUCCGCCAUGAUGGACCUCGAUGACACCAACCAAGAAUUUAUUGUUCAUUCUUUGCAAAAAGUCCACUCCCGGCUGAUGGGCUUGUUCAACCGAUUCGUGGAUGAGCAAAUCCGCGGCAUUGAAGACACGAAGGUCAAGGUCAACAAGCGCAAGGGAGUGAUCUCGUUCGUCCGGGUCUUCCCGAACUUCUCCACCGCCGUGGAGAACAUGCUCGCCACCUCCACCGCCGAGACCUGUGAUAUUCGCGUGAAGGUCAACGAUGCGUACGAUCGCAUCAACCGGGCGAUGUGGGAGAGCUUGAAAUUCAUCGCCAAGGAAGCACCCGGGCAGCCUCCCGGCGUGGCCGCCAGUGCCGGUGACCCAGAGGACAAAGAGAUUCUCAACUACCACAUUCUGCUCAUUGAGAACAUGAACCAUUACGCGGAGGAGGUGGACGCGCACAAUCUCCCCGUGCUCCAGAGCUGGGUCGACCGCGCGCGCCAAGACUUUGAUGGGCAUAUGAGCCUGUAUCUUGACGCGGUGAUCCAUCGGCCGCUGGGCAAAUUGCUCGACUUUGUCCAAUCGAUCGAGAGCUUGCAGGCCAGUGGCAAUUCUGGAGACAUUGCCUCGCGCGCCAGUCACUCCCGGAUGGUUGCCAAGAAGAUCUUCUCGUCUUACGACGCCAAAGAGAUUCGACGUGGCGUCGAGAUGUUGAAGAAGCGAGUGGAGAAGCACUUUGGUGAUGCGGAUGAUCCUGGCCUCAGCCGCAGCUUGGUCUUGAAGGUGCUGCGGGCGUGUGAGCUUCGAUAUGAGCAAGCGUGGGAUCGGACUCGACGCGUCAUUGAUACCGUCUACGAGGGGCAAUUGGAAGUGGAAUGGCGGAAAGAGGAUGCGAUGAACAUGUUCCGCAAAUGA